ACGUCCGCCCGCCGGCCGGCGAUGACGUCACGCCCCAGGGCUGGCGUCACGUGCCCCCCCGCGGGGGGCGGGUCUCGAGGGCGGUGCUUCCGGUCGGCGGAGUCUGGCGGCGCGAGCGGCGGCGGCGGCUGCCGAGACGCGGGGAUGGCGGGCGCGGGGAGCGAAGCCCGGUUCGCCGGGCUGUCGCUGGUGCAGCUCAACGAGCUGCUGGAGGACGAGGGGCAGCUGACGGAGAUGGUGCAGAAGAUGGAGGAGACACAGAAUAUUCAGCUUAACAAAGACAUGACGCUCGCCAGCAACCGGAGCCUGGCAGAAGGAAACCUUUUGUACCAGCCUCAGCUGGACACUCUGAAAGCACGCUUGACCCAGAAGUACCAGGAACUCCAGGUUCUCUUUGAAGCCUAUCAGAUAAAGAAGACCAAAUUAGAUAAACAGUCUAGCAGCGCUUCCUUGGAGACCCUGUUAGCACUUCUUCAAGCAGAAGGGGCCAAGAUUGAGGAAGACACUGAGAACAUGGCAGAGAAGUUUCUGGAUGGAGAGCUUCCUCUAGACUCCUUCAUUGAUGUCUAUCAGAGCAAACGGAAACUGGCCCACAUGCGAAGAGUAAAAAUCGAGAAGCUCCAAGAGAUGGUGCUGAAGGGGCAGAGACUCCCGCAGGCCCCAGCCCCGCUGCCACCCAGGGUGCCCGAGCCCGUGUCUGCUGCCUCCCUGCCCUACCCCGCCCUGGAGGCCAGCGGGCCUCCCUCCGUCGUGCCUCGACGCAUCCCCCCGCCACCACCCCCGGUGCCUGCAGGACGCUUGGCCACCCCGUUUACUACCGCCAUGGGCUCAGGACAGGCUGUGCCCUACCCGGGAUUACAGUGUCCGCCCCUGCCCCCCCGAGUGGGCCUCCCACCUCAGCAAGGAUUCUCUGCGCAGUUUGUGUCGCCGUACCCACCGGCUCUGCCCCAGAGACCCCCACCCCGGCUGCCCCCACACCAGCCGGGCUUCAUCCUCCAGUGAGCGCCGGCGCCCCAUCCUUCCUGGGAGACGCCCUCUGCCCGCCAUGCCGCAUCUGCACUCGGGGCUGUGAGGUCCGGCUGCUGUGCCGAGGGCUCUGCCCUGGGCCAGCGUGUCCACCUGAUUUUAGAACUGUAGGUCCAUGGGGAAGUAGAAGUAGAAGCCCAGGUUUUGUACACUUGAGGCCAUUGUGUGUGCCAGGUCCCAGCCCGGCCUCCCGUGCAUUCUGUUGGUUUGCGUUCCUGGGAUGAUUUCCGAGUAUCGUAGUGUUGAUGGACUCAUGCACUUGGGAAGAAACAAAGCCUCUCCCAUUCCCAUUUAGAAUUACGGUCCUCCCAUCGCAGCUUUAUUUAAUGAGCAUGGUUAACGAUUUCUGUUUGUUUUAUUUUCAAAAGACAGUUCUGUGUGUCUUGGCCCACCGGCCACUGCAGCCCUGGUAAGGGUCGAUCACUGUUGGCCGCCCAGAAAGUGCCCGUGGCUGGGCCACGAUGCGCAGCUGCGUUGUGCUCCUGGAAUCUGUUAGGGGUAGGUCAUCCCACUCACUCCCCUCCCCUUCCUGGCUGCCUCUCAUGCCUCAAAGCCACAAGCAAAGUUUGCACUUGGCCCAGGGCCGUGUCCAGAGGCCAGGAGAGCUGCGGCCCGGGUGCGAGAAGACCGCGGAGCUGGACUUUGCACAGCAAACUGUCACCAGCUCCUCCUCCCCCUCCCACCUAGUGCCGGCCCCGAGGGUUUCUGUGAAGAAACACUCCCCCAAUAUUUUUACUACCUGUGUAAUUUUCCUGUUUUAUAUUCGGAAAGAAAACUCUUUUGACACUCCCAAGACCAUUCAGGGAAAUUUUAUAAAAAAACACAUUGUUUUGAGCAGAUUGAAAUGCAGAUGAAGUGAAUGCAACUUCCUUUCGUGCAGGCAAUGCACGGUCACACCUGCGGGUGCCCUGCUGUGCCUUAGCUUCACCAGGUGCCAGGACUCAGAUGCCUGCAAGGGGCUGGGCAGAGCCCCGGGUGCUCUGCGUUCUCAGAAGGGCUUGUUCCAGUUCAUCGUUUCGUUGCAGGUGGAAGAAAAGUCUAGUCACUUCACACCAGGAUUCUUUCUCUUAGCCAAUAUUCUCUUCCUCUGGCCGGCUGGUGGCUGGGCCUCGGGGCGAGUGGCCCAGAGUGCAGAGGUGCUGCAGGUGUCAGGCGGGGGCGGCAGGAGGGUUUGGAGAAAGCCCACCCUCGGGAUUGAGGGGGUGUCGGGUACGUUCUGGCAAACCUGCACCGCCUGUUCCUUUCCUUCUGGGAUCCGUCUCCGUGUGCCACGUGUGCUGAAUCCCAGGUCCCAGCUGGAGGAAGCAGCACCUCACACCUGUUGACAAAAGCCUGUGUGCUCAUUGGUGGAACUUCUGGCCCUACCCUCAGCUGUCACCUCUCAGGCAGCCAGGGCCCGAUCUGUGACCAGCUGCCAGCUGGCUGCCACCCAGGGUGACAGAAACAAGGCAGAGCUGAAACAGGGUCUGUCCCAGUGGCCCAUGGUCUAGGCCACCAACUUUUGUCCUCAAUAACUGUACACUCCUGCUUCCGGACUUGAACUCUAUUGUAACUAUUUUUUUAAAGAAAAUGGAGCUGCAAAGGAUGAUUCACUGCCACACCAAUCAGGUGGGCUUGCCAUGUUCUGUGAAUCUCGAGCGACUGGUGCCACCCACCUCCAAUACCUCUGCUGCCGGCCUGCUGUUGGGGACGCCUGCAGCCCGGCAGGGGCCUCGGCCAGACGCAAGCUCGGUGUUGAUGUUGUGCGGGCCGCCAGGCUGGGCCUGCUGUCACUGUCCAGGGCCACAUCGGGCACUGUGGUUGUAAAGCUAUAGGACCCUUUUUAAUAAAUAGAGAAUUAUUAA